AUGGCAAGCUGGGUGUUGUGCAUGACCCUGGUGCUGGCAGCACUAGCAGAGGCAGUGGGUGAGACCCGCUAUGAGAAGUUCCUGCGGCAGCAUGUGGACAACCCCCGGACGUCCACGCUGGUGGUGCAUCGCUACUGUGAGACCAUGCUGGCACGGCGACGGGUGACAGCCCCAGGCAGGCCCUGCAAGCCCUCCAACACCUUCGUGCAUGCCCCAGCUGAGGACCUGGUGGCUGCCUGCUCCCAGGCACCUGACCCCACCACGGGGUUCCACAGCACCCUGAGUCCCAUGAGCCUCACUGCCUGCCGCCUUCGUGGCGGGGACACGCGGCCACCCUGUGCCUACCGUGCCCGCCAGGUGCAGCACUACGUGCGCGUGGCCUGCCGUGACGGGCUGCCCGUGCACCUCGCAGGCACCUAUGUGGCCCCGCAGUGA